UCAGCCAGGAGCCUGAGCUCUAAGAUCCAACUCAAGAAGACAGGGCAGGACACUGCACACUUCUGCAACAAGAAAACACACAUUUCAAAGAUUUCAGCAGCAAUGAAGACAACGCUGGCAACUCUGACUCUCUGCCUGGUGGUUCUCUUGGCCACAGGUUUUCCUUUUGAGAGGAAAACCUCACCCUCCGGAGGCGCCACCAAGGAGAAACGUGUUCAGUACGCGGCGUGGGAUGACGUUAAUGUCAUAGCCCAUGGCCUGCUGCAACUGGGCCAGGGGCUGAAGGAGCAUGUGGACAAAACCAAAGUCCAGAUGAGGGACGUGUCCACCAAGAUGAAAGUCUUGAAUCGCACAGUGACCGACCUGGGAAAAGAAAGCCAGAGGCUGCGGACCGAGGGGGAAGCCCUGAAGGCUCGAGCCCAGUCCCUGGAGGACAGAGAGGGGCAGUUGUUGAAUGUCACGGCCGAGCUGAGGGAGAAGGCGGAGGAGAUGCAGCAGGAGAAGAGGACAAUGAGCGAGAGAAUGAACCGGCUGGAGGAGAAGGUGGACAGUAUGCUGCAGGGGGACGCUGGCGGCAGGAACAACAGUGAUGCUCGCAACAUACAGCUCUUGCUGGAGGCUCAAAACAGACGCAUUGACGACCUGAUGGAGCGCAUCAGACUUCAGCAGGAGAAGCUCGACAAACAGAACACGCGCAUCAGGACCCUGCAAAGCCAAGUCCAGCAGUCGAGACAGAGACUCUUCCCCGGGAGCGACAACACGGACGGCUUCGUUGAGCAGCAAGACUCGCCAGUCGAGAUGGCAUCAGACUGUCACGAGCUGUUCCUGAGAGGAGAGACCUCCAGUGGGGUCUACACCAUCCAGCCAGUAAACUCAGAGCCCUUUAAAGUCUUCUGUGAGAUGACAGCUGAUGGUGGAUGGACAGUAAUCCAAAAGCGCCAGGACGGUUCAGUCGACUUUGACCAGCUAUGGCAGGCCUAUGAGAAUGGCUUUGGCAACCUCAACGGGGAGUUCUGGCUGGGUCUGGAAAAGAUCCACUCCAUUGCCAAAGGUGGCGGCUACGUCCUCCAGAUCAAGCUCUCCGACUGGGGGGAUGACCUAGCAGCCGUCCGCCUUCCUUUCAAACUGGGUGGACAGGAAACCAAGUACUCGCUCCUGAUUCAGGAGGCCGGUACUUUCAGUACCAUGGAGAGCUCCCUGGGGGCUGACGCCACCGCCGGUCUGCCUUUCUCCACCAGCGACCAGGACAACGACCAGAAAACUGACACCAACUGUGCUAAACACCUCUCCGGUGGUUGGUGGUUCAGUAACUGCGGCCGCUCCAACCUAAACGGCCGAUACUUCCAGAGUCCUCCACCCAAGCAAAGACACCAGAGGAAGCAGGGCAUCUUCUGGAAGACCUGGAGGGGCCGCUACUACCCUCUAAAGUCCAGCAUGAUGAUGAUUGCUCCUGCCGCAAUCGAGAGCAAGUCAUAAAGAAUAGAAAGAAACAAGGGGGAAAAAUUUGGGACUGGUUGAUGAGGCUUCCAUUUGCUCGGAUGUCUCCCUAUGAAGAAGACUCCAUAGCAGGUCCUCAUAGCAGAAGCAAAAAUAACUCACAUUUAAUGAGUUUCCAUUUCUUUGUUCCCUGGAAAGAUGAUCAGAUUACUUCCCUGCAUAUGAAGCCGCAGAGACUGAAAUAAAACAUGCAUUGGAUUUUUUUUAAAUGUUCCAUUGCAGUCUCCUUGUGUCGGCACGAAGCAGGGGCCCCUUGUCUAGAGAGAGCGUGUCACAGAGCGAGUCCCGGCCUGUCCACUGCGCUUCCAGCGGAUACAUCAGGUCCAACAAGUCGAGACUCGCCACCUCGACGCCACGAGUUGUCAUCUGUGUAUGCGAGCUGAUGUUGCGUUUAACUGUGGCUCUGUAGCAAGCGAACACCAGUGUUGGCUCAAAAGCGGCUUAAGAGAGAGCUCUUAUUUUGUAGAGGAUGCAUGUAGGAGUGAAACUCAGGCUGAUUAAACAAGCCUGUUAAACCAAUGGUGUGGACCAAAUGGUGACUCAAUUAAAAUAAAGAGUCAUUAUCCAUACGAGUACGAUGAGAUUAGUGUUCAAAAGCAUUAUGAAAAGUAAACUAGGGUUACGAUGCAGAGACUGUGUUAACACUGAUUCUAUCGACCAUUCCAGCCUUUUGUACAUAAUACUGUAUUUUCUGUCUGUAAAUUUGAAUCAACGUUUCAGUUUUCUGUGGAAAAAUGGAUGAUAUUAAGUCAUAUUGACUACUUUUGAGCGGAGAGGCAUUGAUUUGUAUAUAGUAUUUGAAGGAAUGUCGUGUUGUGUUGUCUGAAAUAUAACUGUUCCUGAUUCCUUGUGAUAUUAUCUGUGUCCGUUUGACUUGAGAGUCCAUUGUUGUGGAUGUGCUGUUUUCUUAUUUAAAUGUUGUAAAGAAUCAAUAUAUAUAUAUAUAUAUAUAUAUUUCUGCUGCUUCCUGUUUGUAAUUUAUAUUGUUUGUGUUCGUUUUUUCUAAGAGAAAUAACCAUUUUUGGUCAAUAAAAUGAUUUAAACUAA